AGCCGCCGCCGCCUCUUGCGUCAGCGCCGCGUUGGGGCCGGGCGCGGCGGGCUCCCGGUCGGCCGCGGCCCGAUGGUGGUGGGCGCGCGGCGCGAUGAGCCGCCCGUCCUCCGCCGGGCCCGGCGCUAGCAAGCCGUGCGGCAAGCAGCAGCAGCAGCAGCAGCAGCAGCAGCAGCAGCACGCCCCGUCCCCGGCCGCCGCCGCUCCCGCCGCCGCCGCCACCAUCGCGGCGUCCGGCGCCGGCUCCUCGGCCGUGCCCGCCGCCGUGCUGUCGGGGGCCGGCGGGCCGGUGUCCCCGCAGCACCACGAGCUGACCUCGCUCUUCGAGUGCCCCGUGUGCUUCGACUAUGUGCUGCCGCCCAUCCUGCAGUGCCAGGCCGGGCACCUGGUCUGCAACCAAUGCCGGCAGAAGCUGAGCCUCUGCCCCACCUGCCGGGGCUCCCUGACCCCCAGCAUCAGGAACCUGGCCAUGGAGAAGGUGGCCUCGGCCGUGCUCUUCCCCUGCAAGUACGCAACGACAGGCUGCUCUCUGACACUACAUCACACAGAAAAGCCAGAACAUGAAGACAUAUGUGAGUAUCGUCCCUACUCCUGCCCAUGUCCUGGAGCCUCCUGUAAAUGGCAGGGAUCUCUGGAAGCCGUGAUGUCCCACCUUAUGCAUGCCCACAAAAGCAUUACCACCCUUCAGGGAGAAGACAUCGUUUUUCUUGCCACAGACAUUAACCUUCCAGGUGCUGUUGACUGGGUCAUGAUGCAGUCAUGCUUUGGUCACCACUUCAUGCUGGUGCUGGAGAAACAAGAGAAGUACGAAGGUCAUCAGCAGUUUUUCGCUAUCGUGCUGCUCAUCGGCACCCGUAAGCAAGCAGAGAACUUUGCAUACAGACUGGAGCUGAACGGCAACCGCCGCAGGCUGACCUGGGAGGCAACUCCCCGCUCCAUCCACGACGGGGUGUCUGCUGCCAUACUCAACAGUGACUGCCUAGUUUUCGAUACGGCUAUAGCACACCUUUUCGCUGACAAUGGAAACCUUGGAAUUAAUGUGACCAUUUCUACAUGUUGUCCGUGAUAUAUUUGUGUAGUUAGUGAAACCUUUGGCUGUCUGACAUAGUGCUUUACAUUUACCAAGAAUUUUCUUUUUGUUCUGUUUUUUUAAAAUGAUAUUCAACCAUGUCUUUGUGUAUGUUAAGGUUCCUAACUAGCCAACAUUUUUAAGUUUGGAGAGAAGAGGAACAAAAGUGUCCUGUAAGUAAUAUAAGCAAGAAAAGGUUUUUUAAAUUCUUGGGUGCCUUAGGAAGAUUUCCCCCCACACGGACACCUUUUUAAAUGUAAUUAUAUUUUAUUUAAAGAGUGCUUCCAUUAGAUGUAUGACUUAAAAGACUUGAUGGACUGCGUUCCUGUUUGGAGUGCACCUGAAAGCCCUUUCAGCAUUUAGGCUGUAAGUCUGUCUGAAAACAGACUUACUCUCACUGGUGACUUUUAAGAGGUUUUUAGUAGGUGGGAAAAGAAAGAAAUCAAAGCAACUUCUCACAGACCUCCCAAGAGACGUUGUGGCUCAAAGUAGAUUAAUAGGUACGUCAGUGUUGCUACUCCAUUUCCUGCUACCUUAUUAAAAAGGGAUGGGCAUAGAUUAUUUGCUGUGUUUUCAAAAAAAGGGGGAGUAAGGAUGGCUGAAGCAUAGCAGGUUUUACAGAGCAUGGGAAUUGCCUGCUCUGGUCCAUUUUAGGGAGAUCAGGGAGCCCAGCACAAGGCACAGCAGCUCACAGCUGGAUACUGGUGAAAGCAGGAGGCACACAACUUAAUACAUCUCAAACAGCUAGAGCCAAUAAUAUAGAAAUAUAUUCAAGCUGUCUACAUGCAGCUUCCCUUGGAGACAUACUUGAUUAUUGUAAAAGACUGGUUAGAAUAAUAGAGCUUUAUGGCCAGUGUCAUGUCAUUUGCUAUUUAAGUUUUGUUGCCAUAUUUACUUUUAUUUUGUAAUAAAUAUUUUGCAAAAACUA